AGCCGUGUUGGUUUGAGGCAGGCAAAAUAAAUUUUAAAAAUUUAAAAAUUGUCCAGUAGCACCUUAGAUACCAACUAAGACUACAUGUUAACAAACUAGCUUCCUUCCCCGACACCCCAAAUUAAGUGUGCCUAAAUUGUAAGCAUUAUGGGACAAUGUAUACACAAUGUUACUCAUCACCUUGUUUCAUACUGUGAUAUUUACAAUGGAUGUGCAGAAGACAAGCUCUUCCUAUCACUAUAUUUAUGUCUAAAUCAGUCUCUAAAGGCACAACUUUCCCUGACGUGUUUGUGUUUAAACAAAGCUUUUGUAUUUAAACAAAGGCACUGCUAGCUUGAAAUAAGAAGCUAUUUGUGUUGCCAAUGAGUGAAGCAGUGUCAUUGCAGAACAAACUGGGUAUGACCUCAGAAGGUGAAGAUGAUGACAUGGCAUGUGGAGAUUUGGGAAAUGGACUCAUUAGAAGGCAAAGUGAUAUGUAUGAACCAGAAAGCUUCAGCGCACACCCAGGUAUGCCUAGAAGAGGUUCAGCAAGGAAAAGCUUCAGUCCGUUUAUGCUGCCAAAAAAAGGAGAAGAAUGUGAUGCAACAGUUUUUCGUUGCUCAAGGUGUAACAGUUUGAAUGACACGUCAGUCAAAAAAAUGGGAAUCAAUGCAUUUCGUAGCUGCAACCGACAAAACAGCUCUGAAUCUAACUCUGAGGCAUCAAAUGAAGAAUUAAUACAACACCUUCAAGAAGCUGAAGAGGAAAUAGAAGUUUUAAGAGUUGAAUUGGAAGCAUCUCAAAGACAACUUGAAGGCAAAGAGCAAGCACUAAAAAUUCUGCAGAGCAUGGCAGUGCUGGAUAAAGCCACUUGUCAUACUAAAGCGGUGUUUAAAAAAACAGAGCAGCAGAAGAGAGCUUUAGAAAAGGAAAUAAAUGUUCUACAGUGGGAAAUAAAAAUUAAUCAGGAGAAAUUCAAAAAUACAGAAGAGUCUUGGGCAGAAAAAUAUGACAGAAUUUAUUGUGAAAAUGCUGCACUUAAGGAAACACUGAAAUUGAAAACUGAUGAAGUUAAAACACUAAAGUCUGAAAAUGAAUUUUUGGAACGACAGCACUUGGAGAUUCUCGCUGUCCUAGAUACAAAACAGCGGAAGAUUGUUCAGGAGAACAUGUCCCUUAGCAAGAGUGGUUUUACAGAGAUAACAGGACUUGAGCUGGCAGUACUUGGAGCUUGCACUUGCAGUGGUCUUGAGGGAGAGCCAUGCUCCUGUGCAAAAAUGUCAGCGGCGACUCGAAAACAACUGCUUCAGCUUAAACAAGAGUUUGAGCUUCUGAAGAAGAGUAAAGAAGAAGCAUAUAUUAUGGCAGAUGCCUUCAGAAUUGCAUUUGAGCAGCAGCUGAUGCGGAGGAGGGACCAGGCUCUGGGACUCGCACAGAUGAAUAAGAUCUGCAGAAAAGACAAGAAACGAUUCAACUGGAAAAACAUAAAAGACGAUGGUGCUUUCACAUUUCAAGGGAAUAGGAAAAGCUCGGGGCGAAAGUUGACGGGCAUGCUUGCUUCCAGCACUGACAGCAAGAAAAUAGAAGAAUUGGAUAAUCCACAGGAAAUCAUUAGGAUGCUGAUAGACUUGCUGAAUGAUAAGGAGGAAGCUUUGGCCCAUCAAAGAAAAGUUAGUUAUAUGCUUGCUCGUGCCCUGGAAGAGAAAGAAGAUAGUUUGCAGCAGAAUAAGGAAAGCACAUUUUCAGAAGAGCUUGCUCUUAGCAGUAAUCAGUGCAAAGAUGAUUCAGAGCCCCCAAAGUCAGCUCUUCCUGUGUGUUCGAGUUGCCAGACAUGCGGUGCUCAAGAUUGCUCCUGCUCUAUUUCCCACACAUCUCCCACCAGAAUGCUGAACUGUACGUCUAAAAGUUCUUGUUCCCCAACACCUGAAGAAAAUUAUGUGCAUUCAGCAGAGGAAGCAGCUGAUCAAAACUGAAAAUACUGACUGCUCUACAGGGGAGGGUAGAGCUUAGAAGGGGGUGGGUGAUGACAGAGGCAACACACCUCUUUAACGCUCAAGACUGAUUUAAGAUUCAUAUGCGCUUGCGUGGAUGGGCUUUCAAUUGACUUCCAGGUCCCUCAUCACUGUGAUACAUAGAAGUCAACAGGCAGAAGUUCUUGUGUGUCAACAGAGCCCCUGGUUUGGGCUGUAAUUCUGUCAUCAUAAUUCAGGGAACCUUUUUAUUAGAGUGAUUUUAAGCAUUUUUCACCAAUUAAAAUAAUUGCAAAAAAAACCU